CGGUGCCGCAGGAAAUUUUAUCAAUACCGUGGCCGUGUAGUGGGUGACAGUCGCUCGUGAAAAGUACGCGGUCAUCUGACGGGGUUGGCAAGUCAGCGGAUAGCUCUAGUUCGGGAAACCAACAGCGAUUGACGAACAACAUGGCCACCGAAGGCGGUCUAGCACCUGAUGCUGCUGCGGGUGCAGGUGCAGGUUCUGAUGGAAUCGUCGGAGGUCCCAGGACGCCUCAGCAGAUCGCCUCGCAGAAACGACUGCAGGCGACGCAGGCGCAAGUAGAUGAGGUCGUUGAUAUCAUGAAAACGAAUGUUGAAAAAGUGUUGGAACGUGAUCAGAAGCUCUCUGAGCUCGAUGAUCGAGCAGACGCGCUUCAGCAAGGAGCGUCACAAUUUGAACAACAAGCAGGAAAACUGAAGAGGAAGUUUUGGCUACAAAAUUUGAAGAUGAUGAUCAUCAUGGGCGUCAUCGCACUAAUCAUAUUGGCCAUCAUAGUUGCGAAAUUCAUGCCAGAAUCGACACCACCGCCUCCAGCCUUUGCCUACCCACCACCAAAUCAGAUUCCGGGCCAAGUUGUCGCCGCUGGCGGACCAGCCGCUGCACCAGGAGGUGUAGCCGGCGGAGCAGGCGGUGCAAGCGGAUCACAAACCGCUGGUGCAGCGUUAGUUGGCAACUUGAACGGCAUUCACAGCGUGAUGUAAAAAAGAGAUAGAAAAAUAUACACUUCUCCGUACCGUACCGUAUCGCAAUAAGAAUUUUCCGAGUUAAUCUUAAGCGGGCAACGUGAAAUCUAUUGGCUUGAGAAACCAAGUGAAAGGGCAUUUUAAAAAGAAACAGAACAUAAAGAGAAGAGAAGAGAAAAGAAAGGAAGUUCCAAUCGAGAAACCCGACCGUUAAACGCGUGACCACGUUGAACCGUAUCCAAAAUUCAGAUCCCACAAUCAGCACAGGUUUCUUUUCGACCUCUUCAACGAGAUAGAAGAAGAAUCGAAUCUUCACAAGAGUCGGUGAAAUAAACGUUUGAUCGAGGAACGAACAGCUAACGCGUUAACUGCCGCGAUGCAAUCCACGAACAUGAACAAAACCAAUACAAUAACCGAUUUGCUAAAGGUGUUCUCUGUUUCGAUCAAGCAAGCGCCGCCAUUUAUCCUUUUUGUCGUAUUUAUCGAUCGCAGUGCGUACCAACCAAUCCAACCGUAAAGCCCGUAAAACAAUCACAAGAUAGAGACGCGUGGCGCAUACUAUUAGUUCCUUUGUGCAGUUAAUGUGUUAAAAAGUACGCUGCUGAAGAAUGAAAAAUAAAAUCGCGAGUUCCAUAAUAGCUUAUAGGUACAGUCUCCGUCUGUUACUAUACACUUCCUGCUCGGUGGUGAGCACUUAGAAAGCCGUUAGGGAAGUUGAUCGACCCUCCAGAACGUUUAUUUCGUGAAGAAAAGAUAGCAAUCUGUCUAGGUAUAGAUUUUUCUGUAUAUCGUCGUCGACCUCGACAAACUGGAAGAUUUAACUCGAUUCGCGUAAUGGUAAUCCUAGCCGAAGAGUUAGUAAGAGGGGAAACGAAUGAACAAAAUACGGGGGAGGACAAUGUUCACGUGUCAGUGGACGAACAUGUGUAUCUACGUAUAUACGUGUAUAUGUACAUAAAUUAUUACGAAUUAUCGAUGUAAGAUUGAACUAUACAUAUAUAUGUGUGUAUAUAUAUAUAUGUAUAUAUAUAUAUACAUAUAAGUAAUGUGACUUAUAAAUACGUAGUAGGUAUUACGACGAAAAAUGAAUGACAAGGAAGAAACCGACAGAGAAGCAGAGAGAAAGUGAGAGAGACUGUUAGCCUGACAUUUUAUUAUUCUUUACUUGGCUCUGUUCAUAAAUGAAGAUUAGCAAUUUUGUUGUUCUGAAUGGAAAUUAAUAAGUGCAUUAAGAAGGAUAGUUUCCACGUUGAUUAGUUUGAACGAUUCUUCUUUGUGGAUCCUGUUUUCACGGAUUCGGGUAAUUUAUCUUUAGUCCCUAUUUACAAUCAAUUCUUUAAUAACCCGAGACUUCAUUGUCUUAUGAUUUUUAGACUUUUUCUCUGUGUAAUACCUAUAUUGAGUACGCUACCUUUCAUGAGUCGACGCGCGACUGGAAAAUGGAACGAAAAUGAUUGAAAGAAAAUUUGGCCCAUAAAUGUCCCCUUUUUCGAAAUGAUCCAUACUUCGUUAUAAGUCGUAUUAAUGAAGAUAUUUGCCGAUUUUUUAAAGAUGACUAAUCGAAUUAUCAACAAUUGCUUGUAAUUCAUAUUAUAGUUAUAUAAUUUAUUAUAUCAGAAACGAUAGGCUACCGUCGAAAGAGGGAGCAUUUGUGGAUAGGGAUUUGAUAAAGAUUUUCUAUUAUUUUUAUGUGUGAAAUCGCACCUAAGGGAAUGCUCACUCUGUUUAACGACAACCAGUAUGAUAUCUGAAUCCUCUUAAUUAUAGUAUUCAAUGGUACAGUUUUUUUUUUUUUUUUUCUUUACGAAAUGGAAAUAAAGAAAUGUUUCGAUGAUUAAAAAUCGAUAUCGCGAUAGAGAUUUCUUUUCUCAAACUAAUUGGCAACUUCUUGAUAUUCUUCUCUUUAUUGGCCUAGUCUGAUUAAUGUUUCAUCCAGUUUAUUUAUUAAAUCUUAUCAUAAAAUAUCGUUCAAUUUCCAUAACUGAUUAAGAAAAUUUUAGGAAACACGAUGAUUGAUUCUCUCCUUAAACUAUGCGACUACGCUUGUAUGUGUAUCUAUGUAUGUGCAUACACCGUAUGUACCGUAACUAGAUGUUCCAGAAGAAACGUAAUCUUUGUAUGUAAGAGAUGGUAUGGAAGAAAUAUCUCUUUAAAAACGCUAAAAUGCAAAGAAUUUGUAAGGGUUGCAAUCAAUGUUUAUCGAAAAGAAACCGUUAGAAGUAAGAUCAUUCAUUUUGCUACACUGUUGAAAUAUGAACAAGAUUUCGAGGUUUAACAAUCGUAAAACGUUUCCCCCUGAAUUAAAUGUAAAAAUCGAUCUCUCGAAGCAUACUUUCCUUGCUCAGGAUGCAAUUAAAUAACCAAUCCAUUUAUCCCUCGAUGACCCUCCCUUUAUCUCCGAGAUGCUUAUUACUAUGUCCACGAAUCGAAGAACAAUAGAGAAACGAUUAUUUAAGAUGUUUGUAAGUAUGAAGAAAAUAAUUAUACGUAUUACUAUGUAAGAAGGCUUUAUCACAUAGGCAGUUUAAUGUAUUAUUACGAGGUAUAGAGAUACGAUUAAUAUUCGCGAUAAUUGAUUCAGUUGAGCGUCAUUCGAUUUACUGAUCGAGGAAUCUAUGUUCAUCUAGUUUUAGAUGUUACUGUAUAUUAGUCUUAAAUAAACACAAUUAUGGAAAAGAUAAAAAUAUCUGUUUGUAAAUGUUUUAUUAUAUUCAUCCUACAAAUGUAUUUUAUUGCUGUUGGGCUCAUCAAAUACUGUAAUCCAGAGAUAAACAACACAAUCGAAUAAAAAAUAUUAAAGACAAUUUUUUUUUAUAACAUUUAUCUAACCUCGAGGUUCCAUUUAGAAUUGCUACGUUCAUGGCAGUAAUGAAAUGACCGUAGCGCUGCCUAGCGGUAGACUCUUUCAUUUGUCGACUAGUUCUAAACAUGGCACCCGUAAGUUUCCUCUUCUCAAAAAAUAUAACAAUAAUUCGAAAACAUUUGAAAAUUUGCUGAAACUUCGUAGAAUAUAUAAAAUAGUGUGCUGUGAUCUUUCAUCAUGAUACAAUUUUAUUUAUAUUUUCGAAAAGAUUACGAAGAUAUCGUUGGAUAUUGUAAACUUCCAACAUAGACGUCUAUCAGAGGCUAGCACAUGUAUCCACAAGCGUAAUUUUUUAAUUAAAAGAAUUUUAAAAUGAGGAAUUGUAUAUUUUUCAGCCAACGACAAAGAAGUCUAAGGGACCGACCAUAAAAAAACAAGCCCUUCGGGGUAAGGGUCAAAAGAAAAAGGUAUCCCUUAAAUUCACUAUUGAUUGUACACAUCCAGCAGAAGACAACAUUAUGGAUGUAGCCAAUUUUG